AUGCGAACGGUUGUCUUCUCUUCUCUGACCCUGGCUUUGCUGUCCCAGAGAGCCGGGGCCGAUACAACGCUCUCACUCGACCCGUCAACAACCUGGGGAACCUGGGAAGGCUGGGGCGUGUCUCUUGCUUGGUGGGCGAAAGCUUUUGGUAAUCGAGAUGACUUGGCUACCGUGUUCUUCAGUCUGAACAGCCAAACCAUUGAUGGUCAGACCCUGCCCGGCUUGGGCUUCAACAUCGCUCGAUACAACGCAGGAGCAUGCAGCAACAAUACCUAUGAUGGCGACAGCAUGGUUGUUUCAUCGAAUAUUAAGCCUUCUCGUCAGAUGGAUAGCUUUUGGCUUGAUUGGGGCAGUUCCGACCCCACAUCGUCAAGCUGGAACUGGGACGCCGACGCCAACCAAAACGCGAUGCUUCAGAAAGCCAAAGCAAACGGCGCAAACAUAUUUGAGCUGUUUUCUAAUUCUUCACCUUGGUUUUUUUGUCUAAAUCAUGAUCCAACAGGAAACAGUAUUCUUAAUAAUUUACAAUCAUGGAAUUAUGUUAAUCAUACCGUGUAUCUUGCCAACGUUGCUCAGCAUGCCAGCCAGAAUUGGGGGAUCACGUUUCAGUCAGUCGAGGCCUUCAAUGAGCCUACUUCGCCAUGGGGACCUUCCGGGACUCAAGAGGGUUGUCAUUUCGAUAUAUCAACUAUGGCUACAAUCAUUCCAUACCUCAAAACUUCACUUUCUCAAAGAGGUUUAUCAUCUUUCAUUGCUGCCUCAGAUGAGUCGUGGUAUGACUUGGCUAUCACCACUUGGGUUGGCCUGGGCAGCUCUGUGCAAAGUCAAGUGACGCGGAUCAAUGUGCAUGGUUACCAGUACGGCGGCGGACGACGUGAUGUUCUCUGGACCCUUGCGAACGCAGCUAAGAAGAGGCUAUGGCUAUCGGAAUAUGGGGAAGGGGACGGGUCAGGAGCUCAGCUGUUUUCAAACCUGCUCCUCGAUCUUGUCUGGCUCCAUCCUACUGCCUGGGUAUACUGGCAAGCCAUUGACAUCCCAGGCUGGGGACUCAUCGGAGGCGACAAUGACCAGUUGACACUUUCAGGAGCAAGCAUUAAAUACUUUGUACUUGCACAAUUCACUCGUCAUAUCAGGCCUGGCAUGCAGAUUCUGACAACGUUGGAUGGCAACACGGCCGCGGCGUACGAUGCUAGUUCUCAGAAGCUCGUCAUUGUUGCUGGAAACUGGAACACUUCUCAAACCAUCACCUUCAACCUCAACUCAGCCAAGACUGCUGGCAGCAAUGGAUCAACAGUUCCUCGAUGGAGUACUCAAACAGGAGGCGGAGAUCAGUAUAAGAGCUAUACGGAUAUAAAGAUCAAUAACGGACAAUUUUCUGUACCUUUCUCCGUUGGACAGGUGCAGACGUUUGAGAUUAGCGGCGUUGUAUUGAACUAG